AUGAUAAAUGUGAAGCGCUUUCGCAGGCGAAGGCCUCCAGAAGAAGGCAUACCGCGGAUCGUGCCCUGCGGCGAGCUUAGUAAGAUAAGACGAUCGGCCCUAGACUUAAUCAAUCUUGAUGACGACGAAGACGACCAUAAAAAUAGUGGCAAACAGAGAAGCUUGGCAGCAAGAGGAGAUGCUCCUGCGUUGCAAAAUUAUCGUCUAUCGGAGGAUUUUCCAUCAAAUGAAUGUCAGCAACCAGGAAAAAAGGAAGCUGCUACAGUGCGCAGGGUAUUAAUACAGAGCCAACGAGCUAUUCCGGACACCAAUGCAAAAUCCGUCUCGGGCUUUUGGACAGAACUGGCAGGGGAAGAUGGGCCUACAAAACGGCCCAGACCGCAUGUUGCAAUUGCAUCCGAGGCCCAAAUAUCCCCAGCCUCUGGGGUCCAACAAUCUGCAACAACAGGUUCGCCCACCCUUUCGCUUCCUGUGGAUCGCAUUCGGGCUCUGAUUUCCCCUGGACCUGCUUGCAAAUUACAGAAAGCACGGAGAUUCUUUGCAAAUAAAUACCAUCCAGUUUGA